CACAACUGUCAAAAGUUUGAAUGAAAUGCGCGAUUUGCCGAUUUGUGUUGAAUAGGUUAGAUUUUUCCAAAUAGGAAUAUUAAUUAAACUAUAUUGAUGUAUUUACUAAAAUAAUAUCAUGGAGUUUAAGAAGACUGCAGUUAUCAUAUCAGUGCUGUGUUUACUUGGACACACAUGUGAUGGAGCCAAAAUAAAUACUCCGAGGGUGUUGUUACCUUGGCUUGAGGAUUUGAAUAUAAAUUUCACCUUUGAAAUCAUUGAGGGGGGUUGUUACACAUGGAGUUUGUCUCGCGAUGACAUCAUUGACUUGGAGCCGCUGUACGAUGAUGCUACAGGUCAUUGUUCGCGGGCGGCGCGUGUCUCCGUCUCCAAGUCCUGUGUGCCACCAGGCUCGGUGAUAAUUCUUGCUGAAGAAGUCCAUUCAGGCGAGAUUCUCCGAGGUGAUGUGGACAUAGACAAAAUAAGGUCUUUGAAGAUUAUGAGUACCACAUGGAACCUGUUCCUGGAAGAAGCUCCUGAAGCUUUUGAAGUUGUGGCUUAUGAUGACCAGGGAAACAAAUUCUCAACACUGGAAGGUAUAAGCUUUGUAUGGAGCAUAGAGAACCUCGGAAGCAAUGUUGGAGAAGAUCCUUUAGUUACGCUAGUCCGCUGGAGAGAUACAGAUUAUGAAGCUCCAAAAGGUGUCACAGAGCUUGAAGCUCGUGGUCUUCGGUCACACUCGGUACUUCUAUAUGGUCAGGCAAUGGGCGAGUCUCGAGUUACCGUGUGCCUUGAAGACAUUUGUACUAAUUUCAACUUGCAAGUUAUCGCCAGUGUUGUACUGAUGCCUGCGAUCGCUAGUAUUGUGCCGGGAGAUUCUUUGAGAUACAAGGUUGUAAGGGCACGAGCAGGUCGUCUCACCGUCCAAGACAUAACAGAAACGGUAUACUACUUAAAGGUACCAGACACAAGCAUAGCUCUGUUAGAAGACAGCAUCAGCUUAGUCAAAGGAACGGACAUAGGCACGACCAAUGUGUUCCUAAUGUCAGGAGCUACCGAAGUAGCAACGGCAACACUGACAGUUGCUGAAGCACAUUCUAUCCGAGUUUCUAUACGUCCCUCAAACUUAGUCAUCAAAGGCGAACCCUUCGUAGUACAUUGCAUUGUUCUCGAUGACAAAGGCCAUGCUUUAUUGGCUGGUGACCAGAUUCUAAUAAGGCUUACAGUAGAAGGAGAAGCGAAUGUGGACCUUUUGCGGUCAACGGAGAAUGGAACUUUGACUGAUGCGGUUGCACAUAAUGCUGGUUCGUUUGCUAUCACUGCGAAGUUGUAUUCUAUUGGUGGGAGGACUAUUUCGCGAAAGGUGGAAGGUCAAGUAUCAGCAGAAGCCAUAGAGCCCCUAGAAAUUAUACCACCACAUCUAUUUGUAUCCUGGACAGACACAAUGCAGGAAGUCUCACUAAAGCACUUAGGAGGUGGUGAUGAACCUGUAGUAUGGUCGGAGAUAGAGAGUGUGUUGGCACCAGACCCACUCUCUUUGGAUUCUGAUGGAGUAGUAACGAUACGAGGACCUGGCCAGAUCGGAGUGAGAGUACAGCUCAAGAAAUACCCACAUGUCAAGGCUAUUGGAAAAGUGUUAUCCGCUCCAUUCGAAAUGCUUCAAGUGUCGAGUUCAGGCCACGCUCGCGUCGGUAAGCCACAUUACCUACACAUCGCCCUGACUGCCACGCACCCGGAGACAGGAGAACUGUAUAAUUUCCAUACUUGCAAUUGUGGUUCUUUCGCUGUUACUCUACUGGAGGGACCUGAACCACAAAAUGUUACCGUCGCUAGUUGGAUGCAACCUGCUGACGGCGCAUGUUGCGUGGUGCAGUGCGCGUGGGGGUCGCGCGGCGUGUCGACGGUGCGGGUGUCCCGCGGGCGCGCGGGCGACAGUGCGCGCGUGGCCGUGCGCGCCGCGCCGCGCCUGCUGUGGCCCGCGCACGCCGCCGCGCUGCCCGGCGCCGCGCUGCCUGUGCUAGCCGAGGGUGAAGCCUUAGUCCCCCAGUCCCUGGACUCCCGGGUGGCUGACAUAUCAGUCCGGGACGGUCCGCCGCCACACCGGUACCCUGACGUACAACUGUUCACCUUCAAGUGUCGGAGGAAAGGCGAGUCUCUAGUGGAGCUAGUGUCGACGGCGGGCGAGGAGCGCGAGUCAGUGUCCCUGGAGGGAGGCUGCGCCCCGCACGUGGCGCGCCUGCGACUGGAGCCGCCCGACACUCCCGGGAACUGCUCUAAUGCACACAAAAUAUGGCUACGUCCAGGCCAAGAAUUAUCAGUAAAAGUAACGCUCCUGGAUGCGAUAGGCCGUGAGCUUCUCGACGAGAACGGUCCUAAGAUGUCCUGGGAUAUUGAACCUUAUCACCCCGGCUUACAGUUCCAAGCUACUGACAGGUUGUUUGUUGAAACACACCCUGACUACGCUCCUGUACCCGUGCCGUAUAAGUAUUAUCAAGUAGUGUUAGCUGAUAACACGGCUAUCGGCUGGACGGGUGCGUUGAAGGCAAGCAUUCCUGAAGCGACUGCCUCCAUACAAGCGAGGGUUGUAGCGCCGUUGAAAUGUGAUCCACUCAAGGUAAACAUAGCCUGGGAAUCCGAGAUAGUAACCAACAUAGCGAGUAUAACUGGCGGCAGUGGUCGUUACGCCGUGGAAGCACCGAAAGGAGUAUCAGCAGAGGUCGAGGAUGGCUCACUGUCGGCUAAUGUACCCGGACCAGGGUCGUAUGACCUUAUAGUCACCGAUCUGUGUGUUCAAGGAGAAAAACAACUCGUAGAGGUUCACAUCGAAGAAGUACUAAGCGUGGAAGUAUCGACAUCUCACGCGGUCGUAGUAGGUGCGUGCGUGCCCGUGAGUGCGCUCGUGAAGGGAGUCUCCCACCGAUACCUCACUGUUGGGAAACCACCUGAGUGGAGGACUUCUGGGUAUAUUUCCAUCCAGGAUGGCUCUCUAUGUGGUCUCCAAGAGGGUAUGGGUAAAGUCAGGGCGUUAUUUGGUGGAGUGUGGAGCCCUGAAGUUGAGGUGCAAGUGUUCCCGUCGCUGGCGGUGGUCCCGCGGCGCGCGCGCGUGCCGCCGGCCGCCCGCCUGCAGCUGCGGCACGCGGGCGGCCCGCCGCCGCACCUCGCGCGCCUGCACUACGCGCUCUCGCACGGCCCAAAGCACGUCGAGGUGACACCAUCCGGUUCCGUACACGGUCUGUCAAUCGGAACAUCUCGUAUCAAGCUUGUGGCUAUUGAUUUUAAUAAUGUUGAGAUGGCAAGCGCUGAAGCUGAGGUUGAGGUGGUCCCAAUAUCAGGAAUACGUGUAAAGGCAGCUACACAGAGCUUACUGGUAGGGUCUCCGAGCCCCUUAUGGAUAGAGGCAGGAGGUCUCAGUGCCGCAGCCCUGGCUGCCCUCAUGCCACCGCCAAGAGUCACUUGGACUCUGAGAGACCCUGCUACUGCCAGAUUGUAUACUACUCAUGCUGAUGACAUGCUUGAGAGAUCAGUAGCUGAAGGUUUGUCAGUGCGAGUGGUACCGCUGAAACCGGGCGUCAUCGCCAUCGAUGUCCGAGUGCGAAACAUGGGACAGGCAGCAGAAACCCGCUCCUGGGACAGUACAAUCGAAAUCCUUGGUCUUGCCGACAUCAGAACAUCAGUGGAAGGUCUUUCCAAGGAGAUAUCCUCAGGAGACAGACUUGCACUAGCCGUUAGCUCUGUUAUCAAACUGAAGUCUUUGCCGAGAGGAACUUGGAAGGCAUAUGGUGAUGGAGCCAUAACUAUCAGUCCAGCUGGUGAACUAACUGCUAUAAGACCUGGUCAUGGAGUCAUUGUAGCACAGCAUAAGGAUGAGAGGAACAACAUCUUUAGGGAGACGGCCAUCCAAGUAGAAGUGUCAGUCCCGUGGUACUGUACCCUGGAGUCGUCCGGCGAGUCCCCCGAGGCGGCGCUGCGCCUGGUGCUGCGCUCGCCACUCGGCCGCGCCCUGCUCGCUCCACACGCCAACGUCAGCGCCACCGGCCCGCUGAUCGUACAUAACCGGCCGGCUAGACAUACGGACAGCGUCCUUGGUACAGAGCUGGUGAUACCAGAUUUAGAUGUGACAGGCGCGUUCAUGACAUUCCAAGGGACUGUGAGCGGUGUUACUGUAAAGGAUGAAGUUUUGGUUACCGGGACUGACGUGAAGGCUGAUAGGGUCGUUGCGACGGGCAGUUGGGGCGUGUGCGUGGAGGGCGCGGGCUGGCGCGCGCCGGGCGGCGUGGCGCUGUACGUGGGCGGCGCGGUGUCGCUGGCGCUGCUGGCGCGGCCCGGGCCCGCCACGCACGUGCUGCGCCGGGACCGCCCGCAACACGUCUUCACGCUGCACCAGCUGCAGCUCGAUAAGAUGGAGUUCCUCCCCGGCGAAUGGGCAUCAGAACUAGUUCCACUCUCGUUCACGGCAUCAGGUCUAUCAUCGGGCCCGCUCCUGUGUACUGAGGAGCAGAGAUAUGCUCUGGAGGGCACUCCCAUAGAGUUACCUUACACCUGUCGGACUAAGGCACCGCAUACUGCUGAGCCUGUUAUUGAUGUUAUUAAUGGACAAAUGGGCUGCAAGAUAAUCCCAGCAGCAACAGUGACAGAUGCUUCAGAAGUCGAAUUAUGUGCUGAAUGGGGAACAUAUAGGACUUGCACAAAAACAUUACUGUUACCUCAAGUACGAGUAUCCACUAACAAAGUAUCUCUGCUCAACCCACCGGCUACGUUCACCGUGAUGGGUCAUUCGCACGCCCUGAAGUUAGUCAGGUUGACGCCUUCGCCCGGUCUGAAGAUAGAAACGAGGAUGGAUAAUGGCGAUUUACUAGUGACAGUAACAAACGAAGCGUCGACGUGUGGUUACGGCUGGGUGACGGUGCGGUCCAAGCGGACGUCCCAGGAGCUGCGGGUGGACGUGCAGCGCGAGUGUGACGUGGCGUGCGGCACGCUACUGGGCGCGUUGUUCUCCUUGUUGAAGCCCUACAUGUCCACCAUCGUCACUGUCGCUGCGGCCGCCGCCGGUUAUCUGUAUGUACAACAAAGAAUGCAAAGAAAAGCACCAAUCCGGAUGCCAACAGAUCCAAACGAGACCGUACUCCCACCUGAAGUGACACCCAUCCAAAAUAGAUCGCGGACAUGGUCCCGCAGUCCGUACGCGUCCAGUGGACCCACUGCCCCAGUAUACGGCGACGCAAGCAUGUUACCUGAACAGAGCUUUUCUCCAAACUCGACCAGGAAUUCCAUGUUCCUAUAGCGGUUGAGAAGAGACAGAGCUCGAAGGCAAAGACGCGGGCUCGGACAUUACGUACGUCGAUUUUUUAGACCGUUUUCUACGUAAAACUUAGUCGUUUGAUAAAGUCUUUACGUUUGGUUAAAAUUCUAUUUUUAUAGACCUGAAUACUGAAAUGCUGCGUAAUUUUAAGUAAUAUUUCAAUAUGGCGCUAUCUCUGUUAUGUGGUGAAGGAAAGUGGCGUUUUAGUAUUUUAACAUUAGAUGCCUGUUUCAAAUGUCUGGAUAGCUGUGAUGUACCAGAUUUUGAACAUGGAACGAAAUUUGUAUCAACUAUGUGCCACAUAGGUUUACCGGAGACGUAUAUAAAGAUGGUGAAACAGGCGCUAAUAGUAUUUUUUCCAAAUUGUUACUUCCUCUAUCAAAAUACAAUAGAUAAAACAAUUACUUUUGUGUUCCGUACUUUACUCUGUAUUUCUUAACUUCUAUUAUCUUUCAUUUUGUUUUUCUACGGAUUAUAAUUAUAUUAUUUCAUAUCUUGUUUUAAAAAGUAUCAGUGUUGUGUCUGUGUUAAAAAUCGACUAAAAUAAUCGACUAGCCCGUCGGGACUUUGGUGCUGGUGAAGAAUAGUGUUUCGCCGUAUCGGUGUAUCGUGUAAAAUUAAACUAUACAUAUAGGAUGAUGUCUAAAAAGGAUGGUUGUGAGAAUACACUUUAAAUAAUGUCGUAUUCGCCCAUUUCUUUGAUUAUAAGGUUCCGUACAAUUCAAAACGUAACCUAUAGUCAAUCUGUGGUAAGUAUAUAUGUAUGUUUGUGUAGUAAAACAAUGAGACCAGACAGUAAGGAGGCGUUAAUUAUCUUACUUAUUAACAUCAAAGUUCCAAGGUGUAGACUGGUAGAAUGUGUCAAUCAAAAUUGAACUUUAACUGUCCCGUCUCAUUGGGUUUACUUUAUAAUUUAGACAUAGUCGUAAUAUAAAAGUAGUUUGCAAUGUCAUUUGUAAAUUGAGUUUCAAGCUAAUAGUAUUAAUUUGAAUGGAGAAUAAAUUGUUGAAACUUGAUUCAAAAUACAUCAUUAAAAGUAAUGUAAAAAUAGAAACUAUCUUCCUAUUUGUCUUACAAUGUAAAAAUAGUAAAUAAUUAGCACGAAUGUAAAUUCUCUGCGUAUGUAUAACUUUUUUAUAGUUUUAUUUUUAUUGAGUUGUAAAAACCAACGAGGAACCACUUAACUAGGUCUUAGACCUUUCCGAUAUUAAGGAACAUCAUAAUGGGAUAGUUGCCCGGGUAUAAAUAUUAAAAUCGAAUUAGUCCAUCAGUUAGGUAAUGAAAAAAUAUAUAUUUUAAUUUUCUGAGAAAAG